AUGGCAAGUGAACUGAAGGAGCGUGGAUUCCACUUUACUGGGACCAUCCGAGCCAAUCGCUGUCAUAAAGCCCCUCUAAAAUCAGAGCAAGAGCUGAAACGAAUGGGACGUGGUGCAUUUGAUUCUGUCAUUGAGACAAAAACCAACAAAUGUGUGACACUACUGUCCACUUAUGUUGGUACUGACCCUGUCAACAAGAUCAAACGGUAUGACAGAUCCACCAAAAGCUUCAUUGAUGUAGACCAACCAGCAGUAAUUGGAAUCUAUAACUCCAAAAUGGGUGGAGUUGAUCUGCUCGACAUGAUGUGCACAUUGUACAAGCGACAACUAAAGAGUAAAAGAUGGUAUUUAUACAUUUUUUACCAUACCCUAACCAUUGCAGUUGUAAAUGCGUGGUUCCUCUACCGCCGUGACUGCAAAUAUUUGGCUACUGUAAAGACAAUGCCACUGAAACCAUUUCAGGGCAUGGUCGCUGCUUCAUUAGUGAAGAAAGACAAUGUUGUACGUGGUCGACAUUCUGGUUCUACUGGCUUAACACCACCGCCGGCAAAGAAGCAACGAGUGAUGCCUGGACCAGUCAAUGACGCCCGCUACGACAAAACAGAUCACUUUCCCUUGCAUCAAGAAAAGCGUAUGGGUGUAGACUCUGUACCAAAGGCUAUACAAGUUGGAGGUGUUCCAAAUGCCUGGUUCAUUUGUGUCUGGUUCCCGAACGAAACUGCUUUGUUUCAUACCAUGAAAAACAUGGUAACACGUGACUGUGCCUUGUUUCAUACCAUGAAAAACAUAGUAACAUGUGACUGUGCCUAA